CCAAAGAAGAAUAAAAUAUGUGGUUGAAUGGGAGGAGUCGCAAACGACGAUAGCGGCGGCCACAAACCAUAACUGCCAGAUGUUUUUCUUCGUCAGAACAUGGCUCUAAAAACAUAUUGGACGUUUGUGUUUCUUCUUAUUGCAGCAGGUCGAUCUUUUGCUGAAGAUGGUCAUCAUGAAAUGGAGGAGUUUCUGAAAAGGGAGCAUUCAUUGUCAAAGCCCUAUCAAGGUAGCUUCAUUUUACAGUAUCACCGGUUAUUAUAGACCCCUUUCUGUGUUUGCAAACACUGCCGCACGAGGGCGAUAUGCGCAAAUUGGUGGCAGAACAAGGGGGAGUUCUUAUAGAACGCGAACAAAAAAAGCCUCUAUUUACAUCUAGUUUAUAAGUGCAUUUCACACUACUUUUGGAUUAUAAUUGGAUUUUAAGGCUCGUAGGAAUUUCCUGCUUAAUAUAAUGUUUGUGUCACCAUCGCAAAUCAAUUGCAUUAUACUUAAAAAACACUUAAACCUCAACCAGUAAAAUGGCUGACUAGCUUUUGCUACAGCCUAUAUCAAUGAGUGUUAGCAUUCUAGCUAACAUCUGCUGCUUCCAAAAUAGUGAAUUUGCAAAUAUCACAACCAAAUAUAAUCUUAGCGACUGUUCAAGCAAAAUCAAAACAUCAUUGUACAUGCGACAUUGCAACAACGUUAUACUGACUGUUAAAUGUUGAUGGUCAUAAGAUUAUUUUUUUCCUCCCACUCCAUCAAUAGGCUAUGUAGGCUACAGCUUGUUUUAUAUAUGUCAGUUGUCCCUCAGUCUAUUCUGUGUCGUAUGUGUUACAAACAACAUUCUAAUAUAAAGUGUGUGUGUUCAGGUGUGGGUUCCUCCAGCUCCUCCCAUUGGGAAUUGAUGGGCGACGCCAUGGUAACCACAGAUCAGGUGCGCCUCACAUCUGACAUGCAGAGCAAGCAGGGGGCAGUGUGGAGCCGCAUUGUGAGUAACCUACAGAACACUGCACACUGUUAUUAUGUCUACAUAACUGAUACUGAUUCUCUCUAUGCAUAUCACAUUUUGCAUGGCUUUGUCUAAAUGGUCAUAUAUAUGUGUGUUUGUGUGUCCAGCCCUGUCACCUAAGGGACUGGGAGUUACAAGUGCACUUUAAGAUUCAUGGCCAAGGCAAGAAGAAUCUGAACGGGGAUGGACUGGCAAUUUGGUACACCAAGGAGCGCAUGCAGAAAGGUACUAUCCCCACAAUGUAGUUCCAACAGAAAUAUCAUAGCGUCGGUGCAUUGUAACUGUCUAAAUGUAUUUCUGUUGUGUAGGUCCUGUGUUUGGAAACCAGGACCUCUUCACAGGGCUGGGUGUGUUUGUGGACACGUACCCCAAUGAGGAAAAACAUCUAGAGGUAUGUGGAUAUACCCGCCGGCCUCUUCUAUGUGUUUCUGUGGAGGGAAGGAGUAGCUACAGUACUGUUCCAUGUUAUGUCACAUUAUAUCAUAGGGCUUUUAUCUCAACUACUUCCUGUUGUUUUUUUUCACUCAUUGUACUGUCUGGCAGGGGUGUUUAUUUAUGUGUCAUAUCCUGUCAAAUCUGGGUUAAUGUCCUGAUCUUCCUGUGCUCCGAGAGGGGCUUUAGACAACUGAAACUCAACACAUCCUACCUCAAUACAGACUUGAGUCAUACAAGCAAGCCAAUACAGUGGAAUAUUUGAGGUUUUGUUGGAACGGUUGCUUGGGCAGGGCUCACAGACUUGUGUAAAGGGCCUUGUCUUGUGUUGUGCUCCUCUGUUUUGUGCAUCCCUAUGGCGACAGGCGCAGAAGACGAGGUACACCACACGCACACAGGUACCCAAUGUUUGGACCACCCAACUCUUAUACCAAAAGCCUCCCAUACCCCUCUCCUUAGCCACUCCCAUCAACCCCUAAUGAGCAUGCUGCCCCAUGUUGUUGUUGGUUACUACCCAGUAACAAUUGUUUGCACCUUGAGUGUAAUUAGCAUUUUAAUUACUAGGGAAUCAGGCAAAGGAUAAGGUGACUCUCCAACAGGCAAAUUGUACCAGCAGGAUUGUACUGUUGUAAAUGCUGUAUAUUUUACCUGUUCUCCUUCUCUCUCACUGUUUUCUGUGUCUCACUCCUUUCUUUUUUCACACCUUCCACCAGAGGAUCUUCCCCUUUGUGUUGGCGAUGGUGGGGAAUGGAAGCAUUAGCUACGACCACGAACGAGACGGGCGUCCCACUGAGCUGGGUGGCUGCAACGCCAUGGUGCGCAACCUCAAACACGACACUUUCAUCUUCAUCAGAUACGUCCGCCGCAGGCUCACGGUGAGAACACACACAGACACACAUUUUAAAGGCUCUAUGAAAUAUCAUAGCCAAGUUAUUGUGUAAUAACUUUGUAAUAACUAUAUAAAUAAUAAUGAUGCAAUCCGAGAUGCAUAUUGGGUCACUCUGGAGUCUGAGAAAACAGUCAUGUUGAAGUGAAUUGUUUCAACAAACAUGUCAGGUAUAUAUGAUGUCUUGACUGUACUAGGUAGUGCCUUGGCAUACCCUGUUAAGCAUACUCUCAAUUUCUAUCUCCACUAGAUUAUGAUUGACAUUGAUGGGCAGCAUGAAUGGAGGGACUGCCUGGACAUACCAGGGGUACGGCUGCCCCAGGGGUACUACUUUGGAGCCUCUGCCAUCACUGGAGAUCUCUCUGGUAGUACUCUCCUCUAAUGUGAUUCACAUAGUAGUGUUAAUGAAAUGGCAUUUACAUGGACUUUUUUAUUGCCUAUGAAUUAUCGCCUAGUUUUCAUUUAUUUCCUACUUGAUGGUGUUUCAUUGAGGUGUCUAAUUUCCAGUGAGAUGUCCAUCCCAGAUUAUCUCUAUAAAAAAUGUUAUUAACUCAUUGUGACCACACUGCCCAGAAUGAAAUUCAUGUGAUACAUAAGUCCAAUUCAGAGGGAAUGUAGUCUAAUAGGAAACUAAGAUAUUGGCAUAGAAUUACAUAUAGAAUAAUACACUGCUCAAAAAAAUUAAGGGAACACUUAAACAACACAAUGUAACUCCAAGUCAAUCACACUUCUGUGAAAUCAAACUGUCCACUUAGGAAGCAACACUGAUUGACAAUACAUUUCACAUGCUGUUGUGCAAAUGGAAUAGACAACAGGUGGAAAUUAUAGGCAAUUAGCAAGACACCCCCCAAUAAAGGACUGGUUUUGCAGGUGGUGACCACAGACCACUUCUCAGUUCCUAUGCUUCCUGGCUGAUGUUUUGGUCACUUUUGAAUGCUGGCGGUGCUUUCACUAUAGUGGUAGCAUGAGACGGAGUCUACAACCCACACAAGUGGCUCAGGUAGUGCAGCUCAUCCAGGAUGGCACAUCAAUGCGAGCUGUGGCAAGAAGGUUUGCUGUGUCUGUCAGCGUAGUGUCCAGAGCAUGGAGGCGCUACCAGAAGACAGGCCAGUACAUCAGGAGACGUGGAGGAGGCCGUAGGAGGGCAACAACCCAGCAGCAGGACUGCUACCUCCGCCUUUGCAAGGAGGAGCAGGAGGAGCACUGCCAGAGCCCUGCAAAAUGACCGCCAGCAGGCCACAAAUGUGCAUGUGUCUGCUCAAACGGUCAGAAACAGACUCCAUGAGGGUAGUAUGAGGGCCCGACGUCCACAGGUGGGGGUUGUGCUUACAGCCCAACACCGUGCAGGACGUUUGGCAUUUGCCAGAGAACACCAAGAUUGGCAAAUUCGCCACUGGCGCCCUGUGCUCUUCACAGAUGAAAGCAGGUUCACACUGAGCACAUGUGACAGACGUGACAGAGUCUGGAGACGCUGUGGAGAACGUUCUGCUGCCUGCAACAUCCUCCAGCAUGACUGGUUUGGCGGUGGGUCAGUCAUGGUGUGGGGUGGCAUUUCUUUGGGGGGCCGCACAGCCCUCCAUGUGCUCGCCAGAGGUAGCCUGACUGCCAUUAGGUACCGAGAUGAGAUCCUCAGACCCCUUGUGAGACCAUAUGCUGGUGCGGUUGGCCCUGGGUUCCUCCUAAUGCAAGACAAUGCUAGACCUCAUGUGGCUGGAGUGUGUCAGCAGUUCCUGCAAGAGGAAGGCAUUGAUGCUAUGGACUGGCCCGCCCGUUCCCCAGACCUGAAUCCAAUUGAGCACAUCUGGGACAUCAUGUCUCGCUCCAGGUGCUUUAGUCCAGGUCUGGGAGGAGAUCCCUCAGGAGACCAUCCGCCACCUCAUCAGGAGCAUGCCCAGGCGUUGUAGGGAGGUCAUACAGGCACGUGGAGGCCACACACACUACUGAGCCUCAUUUUGACUUGUUUUAAGGACAUUACAUCAAAGUUGGAUCAGCCUGUAGUGUGGUUUUCCACUUUAAUUUUGAGGGUGACUCCAAAUCCAGACCUCCAUGGGUAGAUACAUUUGAUUUCCAUUGAUAAUUUCUGUGUGAUUUUGUUGUCAGCACAUUCAACUAUGUAAAGAAAAAAGUAUUUAAUAAGAUUAUUUCAUUCAUUCAGAUCUAGGAUGUGUUAUUUUAGUGUUCCCUUUAUUUUUUUGAGCAGUGUAAUAUAGUACUUUCAUAGGACUUCUGUGGAUAUCUUAUUGUAUUUUGUUCCAUUUAAGGUGCUUUUGCUGCAGUUUGCUUUUAAUGACAGAAACAUUCUGUUCCUCACAGACAAUCAUGAUGUGAUCUCCCUGAAACUGUACCAGCUGACGGUGUUACGUAGUGAGACAGAGGAAAAGGAGGAAGAAGAGGAGAUCACUCUACCCAGUGUAGAUAACAUGGACCUACUAAGGAGUAAGGAUCGCUACCCCUCUCACACAAACAGAAGAGCAUACACAUUCAUUGGUGUUACUCUAUUUGGGUAACAUAGUUAUUCUUGGUGAAAAGCUACAGAUACAUACUAUUAACCAACUCAGUGGCCUUGGUUAGUGUCUGCCCUGGGUUUGGAAGGUUGGGUGUUCGAUCCCUGAUCAUACCAAAAAAUACCUUUCUGCUUAUCACUCAGCAAUAAGGAGAUGGAUUGGAGGUAAGGCCCUGGCCUGCGAUAGACUAGCGUCCUGUCCAGGGCGUGUAAUUGUACAUCAAGCUGCCUCACGCUGUAGCAACAGGAGAUAGGCUCAUGCACCUAUGGGCCGCUCUGGGUCCAAGGCUUAUGCCUACUUAUUAGGGCUCCUUGUCACUCUUGUCACCUCAAUGUUUUACCUUUUCUAUCCAUCCUAACAUCUCUCUCUCACUCUAUCUCUCUGUCAGUGGGUGAGAAUGAAGAGGGGUGGAGUAAUAUUGCCAUGUUCUUCAUCAUCCUCUUCUCCAUGCUGGGCUGUUUCCUGCUCAUCGUGGUCGGCCUCAUCGUCUACAGCCACUGGAAUGAGAACAGACGCAAACGCUUCUACUGAGACGGAGAGAGAGAGAGAGGCCUCCCAUCAUAACCACUAUUACUGCAGUCUGAGGACAAAACUGCACUAAGACACUGAAGUGACUGACGAGACUGAAGUGACUGACGAGACUGAAGUGACUGACGAGACUGAAGUGACUGACGAGACUGAAGUGACUGACGAGACUGAAAUGAGAACAAGACGGAGACACUGACCUCCCAAUGUAAACCAAUAUGCUGACAGACAGCGGUAGCCCUGGGACAACACUAGUGAAUCCUGGAAAAGACUGAGCAGCGGAUGGAUGCAUUUAAACACUACAGCAACAAACCACACUGACCCCUGCCAUAAGUAGAGAGACACUGAUACCUUUUUACUUCCUGUCCCCACCCCCAUCCUCACCAACCAGGCCUUACUCUACACACAAAUAGAGAGCAUAUGAUUAUGGACAUGUACUGACAGCUUGAAAUGACCCGUGUUGUCAUAGUCCAGCGGCUAAUUGGCCGGCAGGGGGGUAAUGGACAAAAUCUGCGAUGACACUAUAGCCAAAAAUACUUAUUUAGACAUGCCCUAUCUGUGUGUGAAAUUUGGUGCCUCUUAUCACAAAAGACACAAUUUUUUCCCCUGCUGGCUACACUGGACUCUGCCAUUGCUGGUUUAGUUUUGUUGUCUUUUUGAGGGUCUGGAGAGAUGGAUUUAUACUGACAGAUGAGUUGUUUUAGAAUGUCAAAGGGACAAAGUAUCCGAUGUGUUCUUACUCAACAGCCCACAUGACCAGCUCCCAUCAGCAGAACCACUCUGGCACUUUUCUGCUUCGCUCUAGAAACAGCGUUGGGAUAGUUAUGUCAUAUUUGCCUCUAUGGUGCUUGCAAUCAAUGUAAGUCUUUGUGCAUUUCAAUUGAUUCAGACUGUUUUAAUUCAUUCUCAUACUCUCAUACAUAUUUUGUUAGCUUGAAAGAUGUAUGGUUGCAAAUCAUUUGUUUUAUCGUGUCUUGUCAAAUUGAAUGUACAAUAGUUACUGUAGAGUGCAUGAAGGUAAUUAAGGUCAUUUUUAACUCCGUUUGUCAUGAUUGAUUAGGUAGCUUGUUGAUUUUAUUAUUGUGUGUAUGACCAUAUGAAAUGGAAAGGUGACCGAUCCCUCUCCCUUCAGGUUGCAUGUUCUUAGGGGAAUUUAUUUAAAUGAGUUGCCUGUUACAUUUGAUUGUUCCUAGUACACUGUUUUAACUUAAUUCACAUUGUCUGUGUCUUCUAAUUGUUAUGUGUGGUGUACUCAAAUUUGUAAGUUAUGCGGAAGAGAGCACAAGUGAGGCUUUGCUGCAUCUCAUGUCUUCUUGUGGUUGAAAAAGCUUUAUUUUCAAGCCACAGACACUUUGUUUCACUAUAAGUGUCAGGCUGUGCUGUACCCUUUUUGUUGUUUUGUGUCAUAUUACCAAAUAGCCCUAGCCAGUGGUAUGGAUUCCAGAACAAUGUGUAUGUUGCAGUUUCUCCCAGACCUGACAUCAGUACGCAACCAAUAACAUUUCAAAGUCAUUUUAAGGAAUGAUAUAAUCCCUGCUCUGAAAGGGAUAGUUUGGAAAUGGGAUACUGCAGACGCAAUCCAUUAUAAUUCCACAUGUUCUGAGAUAGAAACUCACCCACUGAGCCUCACUGUAUCUGAACCCGGUGUUUUGUCUCCUAAUGAGCAAUGUUUGAAGACAUUGUUGCACUGCUCUCAAUUGCCCAUGCUUCCUUUUAUCCCUCUUGUUAAGCCACCUUGUCUCAGUGUGGGGUGGCAGGUAGCCUAGCAGUUAGAGCGUUUGGCCAAUAACUGAAAGGUUGCUAGUUCGAAUCUCCGAGCCGACUAGG